GACGAGCUGGCCGCACUCAUCAUCCAUCUCAUGGAGGCCUCGGGCACCUCAGCUUUGGGGGACCAGAUCCUGGCAAGGGCUUCGAGAACCCAGCCCAACCUGCUGUACCAGUUGCCAGCAGCAGACAAGCGUGCGUGGGAGCUUAUCGCUGAACUUGUCAACAUUCACCAGUCGCAAACUGAGGAGGCCCCUGAGAGGACAGCACGCGGCGCCAGGGCAAAUUCCAGCCCCGGCAAGUGGCUCCCUGCCCUCUUUAUGGAGGGCAAGCAGCACACGCUUUGCAUGCGCUAUCAGCAAGGCCAGUGCAAGGAUCCUUCCACUUGCCGCUACCUUCACUGUGCAGUGCCGAAGCCAGACGGGUCAGCUUGUGGGGGCAAGCACCCAGCUUCCCAGCACGUCAGCACGCCUCACUAG